AUGACCACCACACCGAAUUGGGUUCGAGGCCUUUGCAUCGGUCGAGGCUCUUUCGGAACUGUCAGUCUCGCCGUCGAUAAAUCCGAUGGUGGGGUCUUCGCGGUUAAGUCCGUGAAACAAACCUCCGAACGAUUCUCUCAAGCUUUGGAGAAUGAGAUUCGGAUUCUGAGAUCGUUGACGUCUCCUUAUGUUGUUGGGUAUCGCGGCGAUGAUUUCACGUCGGAGAAGGAGAAUUCUCCGGUGGUGUACCGGAACUUACACAUCGAGUAUAUGCCAGGUGGGACCGUUGCUGAGUUGGCAAAACACGGUGAGGAUGUCACUGUUCGGAGUUAUACGCGGUGUAUUGUGUCGGCGUUGAAGUACAUUCAUGAGAGAAAUAUUGUUCAUUGCGAUGUGAAAGGGAAGAAUGUGUUGGUCGGGGUGAUUCCCGGGGAGGCGAAGCUGGCGGAUUUUGGUUCGGCGGUGGAAUUGGGUGGUGUUCCGGUUUCUGGAACACGUGGUAGUCCGUUGUGGAUGGCGCCGGAGGUCGUUCGUGGGGAGUGUCAAGGACCGGAGUCUGAUGUUUGGUCAUUGGGGUGUACAGUGAUCGAAAUGGUCACCGGAAAACCAGCGUGGGAAGACAGAGGAGUUGACACUCUGUUUCAAAUUGGGUACUCCGACGAGUUACCACAUUUGCCAGGUCACUUUUCCGACGAGCUACAUGAUUUUUUAAACAAGUGUCUCAGAAGAGACCCGUCGGAAAGAUGGAGCUGCGAUCAGUUGCUACAACACCCAUUUUUGCUAUCCUGCUCUUCUUCUUCUUCUUCUUCUUCAUCUGAAUUCAUGGACAGAAAAUGGUCACCGAGAUGCGUGUUCGAUUGGUCGGACUCAAAUUUCUCCGACGGAGAAACGUCGGAGAUUGAAAAUACAGCUACGAAUUUGAAUUCUUCAAACGGGGUACGAAGGAUAGCUACAUUGGCUUCCAAUUCAUCGGCAAACUGGGAAUCCGACGGCUGGGAGGUGGUGAGGAAUGCGAAUGCGGCAGUCUCCACCACGGAGUUUUCGGAAGAAGAUGAAAGUUUGACGAUUACAGUAGCGGAGACGGCUGAAACUUGGCCGGAAUAUUCCUUUUCGGCUGCGAAUAACGAGGACGAAACAAUACGCGAAUAUAGAGAUUCUUCUAAUGGGAGUUUUCAGUUUCACAAUGAUCAUCAGUGUACCAGAAACUAUGCACAAGAUUCUAUUACUUGGUGUAUGAUUCCGUUUUGUAUUAUGUAA